AUGGCCACCAUCCCUUCCCUCCUCCUCACCAUCCUCCUCACCCUCCUCCUCCCUAACACCGCCGACGCCCUGCGCUUCGACUACGCCACGCUCACCCUCGCGACCCUCAAGCUGCUCGGCGACGCGCACCUCAACAACAACACCAUCCGCCUAACCCGCGACCUCCCGGUGCCCACCUCCGCGGCGGGCCGCGCGCUCUACAGCUUCCCCGUGCGCCUCCUCGCAGGCUUCUCCACCCACUUCGCCUUCCACGUCGCCACCCUCAACAAGGGCUCCGUGGGCGGCGGGCUCGCCUUCGUCAUCGCCCCCGACGCCGCCUCCCUCGGCGAGGCCGGGGCCUACAUCGGCCUCUCCCCCGCCGCCGACGUCGCCGUCGAGUUCGACACGCUCAUGGACGUCCAGUUCGGGGACCCCAACGCCAACCACGUCGGCCUCGACCUCGGCUCCAUGGCCUCCGCCGCCGCCGCCGACCUCGCCCUCGCCGGGGUCGACCUCACCAGCGGCACCACCGUCUACGCCUGGAUCGACUACUCCGCCGCCGCCAACCUCAUCGAGGUCUUCGUCUCCUACUCCGCCAAGCGGCCCCUCGCGCCGGUCCUGUCCACCCCGGUCGAUCUGGCGGCGUACGUCAAGGACACGGCCUUCGUUGGGUUCUCCGCCUCCACCCAGGGCAGCACGGAGAUCCACGCCAUCGAGUGGUGGAGCUUCUCCACCCCGGCCCCGCCGCCCUCCACUUCGCCCCAUCCUCCUCCGCCUGCCGCUCUCGUCCCCCCUCCGGCGAGCACCAUCAACCCGACCCUCCCCACUUCCCCUCCGCAGCUCCCGGGCGUCACAACGGCGGUUUCCGCCCCACCCGCCAGCUCGGUGACAGCCGCGAGCGCGCCGGCCAAUUCCGCAACCCGUAAGAACGCCGCCGCGAGGCCCCACCCUCACCAGCACGCCGCCGUGGCGGGAGCCGCGACGGCGGGGGCGGUCGUGGCCGUCUCCUUCGCGGGCAUCGCGCUCUGGGCGCUCGCGCGCCGCGCCAAGGCCAGGAGACUCGACGCCACGGCGCUCGCCACCAAGCGCGACAGCCUGGCGUCGGCGGCGGCGAUGGCGCGCUCCCCUCGCGAGUUCACCUACAAGGAGCUCAGCGCCGCCACGCGCGGCUUCGACGCCGCCCGCGUCAUCGGGAACGGCGCCUUCGGGGUCGUCUACAAGGGCAUCGUGCCGGACACGGGCGCCAUGGUGGCCGUCAAGCGCUGCACCAACGCCAGCGCGGGCGGCGCGCAGGCGCGGGCCGAGUUCCUCUCCGAGCUCUCCAUCAUCGCCGGGCUGCGCCACCGCAACCUGCUGCGCCUGCAGGGCUGGUGCUACGAGAAGGGCGAGAUCCUGCUCGUCUACGACUACAUGCGCAACGGCAGCCUCGACCGCGCCCUCUUCGACGCCUCCUCCUCGCCCGCCCUGCCCUGGCGCCACCGCCGCGAGAUACUCGCCGGCGUCGCGUCCGCGCUCGCCUACCUACACCACGAGUGCGACCGCCGCGUCAUCCACCGGGACGUCAAGUCCAGCAACGUCAUGCUCGACGAGGCCUACCGCGCGCGCCUCGGCGACUUCGGCCUCGCGCGCCAGGCCGAGCACGGCGCGUCGCCCGACGCCACCGCGGCCGCGGGAACAAUGGGGUACCUCGCGCCGGAGUACAUGCUCACCGGCCGCGCCACCGAGGCCACCGACGUCUUCAGCUUCGGCGCGCUGGUCCUCGAGGUGGCGUGCGGGCGCCGCCCCAUCGGCACCGAGGGCCGCUGCAACAACCUGGUGGAGUGGGUGUGGAGCCUGCACGGCGAGGGCCGCGUGCUGGACGCCGUCGACCCGCGGCUCGGCGGCGAGUACGACGAGGGCGAGAUGAGGAGGGUGCUGCUGGUCGGGCUCGCCUGCUCCAGCCCGGAGCCCGCGCUCCGACCCGGGAUGCGCACCGUGGUGCAGAUACUCAGCGGCGAGGCCGACCCGCCGUUCGUGCCGGCGGCCAGGCCCUCCAUGAGCCUCAGCGCCAACCACCACCUCCUGCUCAGCCUCCAGGACAGCGUCUCAGACUACAACGCGCUCGCGCUCAACCUCUCCGACGACUCCUCCGACGACUCCAUGAGCUCCUCCUCGCUCACCAGCACGCUCCGCAAAGGCGGCCACGACAUCGGAUUCAGCAGCACCCCCGGCGACGCCCGGUGAUCCAGUCGCCUCAAUUCCUUCCCCUCUUGAGUGAUCGAACAAGAUCGAUUGAUGUAUGUAUUGAUGAAUGAUGACCGA